GACUUCCUGGAUGAAUCAGUCCCAGAGGUUGGAAUGUAUGAGGACUUCCACACAAUCGACUGGUUAAGAGAAAAGUCCCGUGAUACCGACAGACAUAGAAAGAUCACAAGCAGAAGUAAAGAGUCGCUAUGGGAACGUAUCAAAGGCUUGUUGGAUGCGUGGUCAGGGUGGGUUGUGAUGUUGCUCAUUGGACUGCUGGCAGGGACACUGGCUGGAGUGAUAGAUCUGGCUGUGGACUGGAUGACGGACCUGAAGGAGGGAGUCUGUUUGGCUGGAUUCUGGUUUAGUCAUGAACAGUGCUGUUGGACAUCUAAUGAGACGACCUUUGAGGACAGGGACAAAUGUCCUCAGUGGAAGACAUGGUCAGAGCUGUUGGCUGGCCAGCCAGAAGGUGCUAGUGCGUACAUUUUGAACUAUCUUAUAUAUGUUCUUUGGGCUUUGAUCUUUGCCUUCCUGGGAGUCUCGUUGGUCAAAAUGUUUGCACCCUAUGCAUGUGGCUCUGGAAUUCCAGAGAUUAAAACCAUCCUUAGUGGCUUUAUUAUCAGAGGUUAUCUGGGCAAAUGGACAUUACUGAUUAAAACAGUAACUCUGGUGUUGGCUGUAUCCUCGGGCCUAAGCCUCGGGAAAGAAGGACCCCUGGUUCAUGUGGCAUGUUGCUGUGGGAACCUCUUCUGCUGCUUGUUUUCAAAGUAUAGUAAGAAUGAAGGGAAGAGGAGAGAGGUCUUGUCAGCUGCUGCUGCUGCAGGUGUCUCCGUUGCAUUUGGUGCUCCCAUUGGUGGCGUGCUUUUCAGUUUGGAAGAGGUCAGUUACUAUUUCCCAUUGAAGACACUCUGGAGAUCAUUCUUUGCUGCUUUGGUGGCAGCUUUCACCCUCCGUUCAAUCAACCCUUUUGGCAACAGUCGGCUGGUGCUGUUCUACGUGGAGUACCACACACCCUGGUACAUGGCUGAACUGGUGCCUUUCAUCCUACUUGGGGUUUUUGGAGGUCUGUGGGGAACGCUUUUCAUCCGCGGGAACAUUGCCUGGUGCAGGAAGCGUAAGAACACUAAGCUUGGAAGGUACCCGGUACUGGAGGUGAUCGCUGUGACUGCCAUCACGGCUAUCUUUGCCUUUCCAAAUCAGUACACAAGACAGAGCACCAGUGAGUUAAUCUCUGAGCUCUUCAAUGACUGUGGGGCACUUGAAUCUUCACAGCUCUGCGACUACAUCAAUGAUCCGAACAUGACUCGUCCAGUGGAUGAUAUACCCGACAGGCCAGCAGGCCCCGGGGUCUAUGCAGCUAUAUGGCAGCUAGCUCUCGCCCUGGUUUUCAAAAUUGUUAUCACCAUAUUUACUUUUGGCAUGAAGAUGCCAUCAGGACUGUUUAUUCCGAGCAUGGCUGUCGGGGCAAUAGCUGGCAGAAUGGUUGGUAUUGGUGUGGAGCAAAUGGCCUAUCACCACCAUGACUGGUUCAUCUUCAGAAGCUGGUGUAGGCCAGGAGCUGACUGUGUCACACCAGGACUGUAUGCUAUGGUUGGGGCAGCCGCAUGCCUUGGUGGAGUAACUCGAAUGACGGUGUCUCUGGUUGUGAUCAUGUUCGAGCUAACGGGAGGUUUGGAGUACAUUGUGCCAUUAAUGGCUGCAGCAGUGACCAGCAAGUGGGUGGCCGACGCCUUUGGGAAAGUGGGUAUUUACGAAGCACACAUACAUUUGAAUGGCUACCCUUUCUUGGAUUCGAAGGAUGAGUUCAGGCACAGGACACUGGCAACUGAUGUCAUGAGGCCAAGACGCACUGAGCCUCCCCUCUCAGUUCUGACCCAAGGCAGUAUGACAGUGGAGGAUGUGGAGACCCUUAUUAAAGAUACAGAUUACAACGGCUUCCCUGUUGUUGUCACUAAGGAAUCGGAGCGGCUCAUUGGCUUUGUCCAGAGAAGGGAUCUCAUUCCUGCAAUAAAAAAUGCAAGAAAGGUACAAGACGGAGUGGUCAGCAACUCCAUUGUGUAUUUCACUGAGGAUCCACCACCACUGCUUGGUAACAGCCCCUGCCCACUCAAACUGCGGAGGAUUCUCAACCUGAGCCCCUUCACUGUGACGGACCACACACCCAUGGAGACGGUGGUGGACAUCUUUCGUAAGCUUGGCCUCCGGCAAUGUUUGGUCACUCACAGUGGACGUCUCCUGGGCAUCUUAACUAAAAAGGACGUACUAAGGCACAUGGCCCAAAUGGCAAAUCAGGAUCCUGAGUCCAUCAUGUUCAACUGACCUCUUGCAUGCUCACUGUGCCAGCCUUAGCCAGUUCUGAUUUUAUAAGGUAAAGGGCAAGACUGAAGUCUCAGCAUUGAGGUGGCCUUUGAGUGAACUGAAUUCUGAUCACUUGAUCAACAAAACAUUACUCGAAAGCAGUCUUGCUCGGGAGAGGAGGCAUCAGCAAUGCACUGGAUUAAGAGAUGAGGACUGACCCACAGCGAGAUCAUUGUGUUCUUUCAGACGAGUGAAGGAUGAGAAGCCAAAACCUCAGCUCUUUUGCAAAG